CGUCAAAAUGACAGAUCACUUUACACGAUUUGAUUAUGUUUGUGGUGUUGACUAUUUAAAAUUUUAUGAAAUUAUCAUAGUUUCUAACUAUAAAAAUACACCUGUAAAUGUAGAACUUAAAAUAAUUAACCUGCCACCUUAAUAUAAAUCAAGGAAGAAGAGCUAACGUGCUAUUGUUGGCCAAUUUUUGGUUAAGUUUACAUGGUUUUCAACACUUGAAAUCUUAAAAUUAUAUUAAAAUGGAAACUCUCUAUCAUCAGACGACUCAGUUAAUUCAAGAAGCAUCGGAUUUAUUUCAACAGUUAGAGAAGGAUGUGAACAAUUCAGAGUCGAUCGAAAAUGCCAUUCAAUCAAAAAUUAGUGCCAUCAACGCGCACUGCGAGAAACUAGAUGUGUUUGUCUUCAAAACUCCUAUAAACAGCAGACCGAUGGCAAAGAUGCGAGUGGACCAAUUGAAAUAUGACAACAGGCAUAUUCAGGCGUCGCUGAACAACGCUCAAAACAGGCGGCGACGGCGCGAGCAGGAGCUGGCGGAGCGCGAGCAGCUGCUCAGCCGGCGCUUCGGGCCCGGCCACGACCACACCAUCACCGUCGACUACCUGGCCCAGGAGCAGCAGUCGCUGCACAACUCGCACAGAAACGUUGACGAGAUGAUACACACUGGUUCGAACAUAUUGCAGACGCUGCGGUACAACCGGGACACUCUGAAGGGAGCCCACAAGAGGCUGAUAGACUUGGCCAACACUCUAGGUCUCUCCAAUGCCACAAUCUCCCUCAUCGAAAGGCGAGUGUCGCAGGAUAAGUACAUUUUGUUCGGGGGAAUGUUCGUCACCCUCGCUGUAAUCGUUCUUGUAAUUAUAUACUUGGCGUAAACGGAAUGGGAUAAUUUUGUUACUUGUUGAGAGGGACGCAAAAUGUAAAGGAAAAUUGUUACCGGAAGUAAGUUAUUUUAUAAGAGUACUGGAUUUUAUGUUUUGCACAGAGGCAUUGCUGAUUUUAUUUUUUCAAUAUUGUUAAAAAAUCAUACCGGCCACAGCACUUUAGUAAUAAUUUAUUUAACUAAGAUUAUUAUUUUACUUUAUGCGCCUCAUAUAUUGUCAGUAGUUAAACCUCCGAAAAAUUAAAGUGUAAGUUAUUAUUUAUCAAAGAUAGCAUCUAAAUAUUACCUACGCCCAUUGCACAUAGUGCAAUUAGUAGGUAAAUAUUAUCCGAUACGACGCUGCGCGUUCAAUGAAUUGUCCUGUUUGAGAAUUCUAUUAUGACAUCACCUUAUCUAGUAUUCUCGGUAUAAACGCUUUUAUGCUUUUCAUUUGGAUGAUUUAUAUAGAAUUUACAAUCUUCAUACUAAGAAUCGUACCUCAUUUUUUUAGCGCCAUCCAUUAAAUCCUAUCAUAAUGAUGAUGCCUAUAAAUUUAUUUAUUUUUUCAAAAUGUGUAUGCCGUGAUAUCAUGAUAUUAAAAUAAAGAAUUAAGCAUGUCAUUUUUUCUUAUAAAAAAUAAAAACACACAAAAAUAUUUGGGGAAAAUAUGAUUUUGGCCACUUCCAGACUGCGAAACAGCGCCACCUAGUUUUAAGCCUAAAAGGCCCAUACAUUUCAGGGGUACGCUUUUUUGUAUGGGCUUUGUCUAUCCCGGCAGUAUAUCGUCUUUGCUUUUUACUGAUACCUAAAAAUACGUGUAAAUACAGGUUACGUUGUUUCUACCAUAUCAAAAGUGUGGCAAUAAAAUGUUGCACCUAGUAAUUACAUGCCUAAAGUUUAUAUGUAUAGAGUAGAUCACUUUUCUAUGUUUACAUUGCUUAAUACAGGUUGUCCAUGUGAAGUGACAUAGUUAACGGAUCGUUCAUAAUCUCGUUAAACUGAACCAAUCGCACCUUUAUCAUGUCUAGGACUGUUUACCAAAGGUCAAUUUCGGUCACUCUACAACAUGAAAUUAUUAAAAAAUUAUCUCUUUUUUUAACGUUAUCACUGCAAAGUGCAAAUACUGCAAUGUAGCGUCAGGCCAAGAUAAAUUGGUAAGGAUUUUGAUAGCCCCGCGCAAGGGUUAAAUAAACGGAAUUAUUUUAUAUAAAUUUCACGUUUUGGACUGACUUAAGCGAUUAUAAAUAGAAUAUUUAGUAGGCAUACUUGAGUGACAUAGAUACGAUUUUACAAAAGUAAUUUGAGGCCGAUCUGGGACUCAAGGGUGUAAAAAACAACACAUUUUAUAGAUAAACUUUAAAUAAGUAUAACUGGAUUGUCGACUGGUGAAAAGCGAACAAUAUGCGCUUAUAUGUAUAUUUUAUAUUAUAAACUUACAGUAGGAAAGUUGAAUUGCCAUGAAAUUUAUACGAUAGACUAUGACUAGUGUAGUGGUCCUUCGCGAUCAAUGGGUUAAUAGGUACGUGCUUACGCAUAGCACAGUCACGCGUAUGAGCGUUGUGCCAAAUCAAAUCAGUGUAAUAAACAGACAUUGUAAUUUUUCUAGCAAUGUCGUUUCAGCAUUAUAGAAUUAAUAAAGGAAUUUAUAAAAAUUAAGGCUAAUAUUAGUGUUAUUCAUCCUAAUUAAGUAUUCCAGCUAGAUUCGGACAUACGUAUAUUUAACCUUUAAUACGACAAUGUUGCAUCGAAAUUGCUAGAAAAUGUUGGUGAUAAAGUUCGAGACAUGGAGUAUAUUCAUUGUGUGAUUGUGGUCAUAGGGCAGUCCGAUUCGUUCAACCCGCUUUCUGUCCGGUGGCGUCACGUGAUGCCAAAUUCAAAAUGUUUCUACAGAAAAAGGCGCAAUUUUCUAUAGGAUGUUAACUCAUGGUGCUUAUUUUUUUUUAAUUCACCGCAGUUUUGUACUGAACAGGCAGGUCAGUAUGGUCGCGCGAUAAAUGUAUUAUCAUUUAUCGCGCGACCAUGUUAGCCUGCCUGGUCUUUGCGCCAGAGUUUUUAAUUUAUUAGUUUUAAAGUAUAACGUUCACUUCAGCUUUUAUCUAUUAUUUAAAUUUAAGGUACGUUAAUUUUUUUUGUUUAAUAUUGUUAUUUAUUUGUGUUAUCCUGAAAAUAAAUAUACAAACAUAU